UUCAGGUUGAAUAUCUCUUCAUUUUUAAAAGCAAGAAUCCUUGACUGUGCGCUCAGCAAUGUUCAAUGGGCAGUUCCUCUUUGACAGACCCAUGCAUGUGAAAAUGGACGAUAAAUCAAUUCCUCAUGAUGAUUUCCGUGCAGCCGAUAACAAGACGCCCCAGUUACCCCGUGGGCUCGGAGGGAUCGGAAUGGGACUUGGUCCUGGAGGACAGCCAAUCAGCGCCACCCAACUGAGCAUGGGCAGUGGAAUGGGGAACGUGACUCCAGGAGAAAUGUUCCGCGGUGGCAUGGGAGGAACUCUUGACCGAGACUUUGGUCGAAGCGAUAUAGCCCUGAGCCGUGGUUUUGGAGACACUUUUGGGAGAAUGGGUAGUGGACUAAGUGGUAUGAAUAGCAUGACCGGCGGAAUGGGGAUGGGAAUGGGGAUGGAUCGGAUGAGCACCAGUUUUGAUCGGAUGGGACCCACCAUGGGAUCUGCCCUGGAGAGAAACCUUGACAUGGAUCGAGGAUUUGUGCCUGGCCCCAUGGGAAGCGGUGUGAGAGACCGAGUAGGCACAAAAGGCAACCAAAUAUUUGUCAGAAAUCUUCCUUUUGACUUGACCUGGCAGAAGCUUAAGGAAAAAUUCAGCCAGUGCG